AUGAGCAGCUCCAAAAACCAUGAUUCAAAGAGUAAUGGAAUAAACAAUGACAACCGGAUACAUUCACCUGCAUUCUCCAUCAACGACGACGAGGACGAUUACCGGGACGAAGAGGAGGAGCAACAGCGGGCGCUAUUGAGUUCUACCUCCACUGUAGAUGUCAGGAGACCGUCAAGAGAGAAUGGUAGAGUCCACGACGCAGCUGGAGAUCGCAAACAAACGCACGUGUCAAACUGGCAAUUUAUGCGGUCCAUCUUUGCAGAGACUCUUCCUACCCUUAUGUUUGCAUUAUUUGGAACAUUUCUCACUGGCGAGCUGUUGGAGCUAUUGGCGACGUGGAGAGCAUUCAAAGCGAUCAAUGAGCUAUUAAUUCUCGUCCCUAUGCUAUUGAACCUCAAAGGCAAUCUCGAGAUGAAUCUUAGUGCACGUUUAUCGACCGCAUCCAACAUGGGGGAUCUGGAUAACCGGACAACCCGUAGACACCUAAUCGUCGGCAACAUGUCCCUACUACAGGUCCAAGGAAUCCUCGUUUCCUGUCUCGCAGCAACCUUCUCCUUUGUUAUUAGCCUUGUCCUUCCCCACGACCAGCCGGAGCCUUCGCCACCUGUGGGUAACACUGGGGAAAGAGAUCUCACGGGGUUGUCACCAAAGAUGCUCCUUGCUCAUGCUAUCCAGCAUUUGGUCACACGAGCACAUCCACACAGACCUCAUCCACGACCAACUCAACCUACUGCAACUGGUCCUCGCGAAUUUCUCAUCGUCCUUCUCAUCGGUCAAAGCGCAGCGAGUCUAAGUUCGGCCAUCCUUGGGGCUUUUAUGUGCGCGCUCGUCCUCCUUUGCCGCUAUUUCAGGCUUAACCCGGAUAAUAUCGCACCAGCGGUAGCAUCUGCUCUCGGCGAUCUGCUCACACUGGCACUCCUGGGCAUCUCCUCACACUUUCUUUAUCCCAUGUCCCUAGCGGGACUUAUCCUUGUUCAGAUAGGCUACCUUGUCUUGCUUGGAUUCAGUUUCUGGGUCACGAAGAACAAUCCGCGGGUUAAAGGCUUGCUGAAGGAAGGUUGGACACCGCUCCUAUGUGCAAUGGUGAUAAGUAGCGGGACGGGGAUGAUCCUGGACAGUUUUGUUGGACGGUACAAGGACUAUGGUCUCGUGUCCAUUGCGCAGGAUGGUAUCCCUGGAAGUGUCGGUAGCGUGUACAUCUCGCGGCUGAGUACAUCGCUGCACGAAGCGCAGGGUCACAGUGGCCAUCAACGGGGUGAUGGGCACGAGCACUCAAGAGGGGCACUCGACUCCCCUCGAAGUUUCCUCAAACCGAAAGAUGAGGCCACAAAAAGAGCGCUCAAGGAUGCACGACCGAGAAUAUCAGGGUUGGCCCUCUUCCUUGUCACUGUUCCUGUCCAAGUGAUUUUCCUUACGGUGGCUUAUGCUUCAAAAUGGCUUGAGCUUCCAGCUCUUUGGGCUGCCGGAUUUGUGAUAUUUUUUGCGACUACGGUGGUGUGCUCGCUCGUUCUCUCACAUUACCUAAGUGUACUCAUAUGGAAUCGGGAUCUGGAUCCUGAUACGUAUGCGCUCCCGAUACAGUCGUCUCUAUGUGACUUGAUGGGCCAGACAUUCCUUGUAACAUGCUACGAGGUUGUCGGGCUCAUAGGCGGCCAUAGAAUUAUCGAGGGACGCUAA